AUGGCUUCGAAACGGAUCUUGAAGGAGCUGAAGGAUCUCCAGAAAGACCCUCCAACCUCCUGCAGUGCUGGUCCAGUUGCUGAAGACAUGUUUCAUUGGCAAGCUACGAUUAUGGGUCCUACAGAGAGUCCGUAUUCAGGCGGUGUGUUUCUCGUUACCAUUCACUUCCCUCCCGAUUAUCCUUUCAAACCACCAAAGGUUGCAUUUAGGACAAAGGUGUUUCACCCUAAUAUCAACAGCAACGGAAGCAUUUGCCUCGACAUUUUGAAAGAACAAUGGAGCCCUGCUCUCACCAUCUCCAAGGUCUUGCUCUCGAUAUGUUCGCUGUUAACAGAUCCAAAUCCAGAUGACCCUUUGGUACCAGAGAUUGCACACAUGUACAAAACCGACCGAGCCAAGUACGAAGCUACUGCAAGAAACUGGAGUCAGAAGUAUGCCAUGGGCUAA